UGACGACGUUCUUUUGUACAGCCAUGUCCAGUCGGUACCAGAUUGUAGUGCAAGGUGAAGCAUCUGAGACAGACUCCGACGAUGAAGUCUACAUCACUUCUCUGCCUCCUCCUCAGAGUGCCACGGGUGGAGCCAAGGUUCCCGGUGAAGCCUCUGAAACAGACAGUGAGGAGGACGUAGAGCCGUCAAACCGAGCCACAGUCGUGAGUCAGGACAGCCCCCAGAUUCUCAGGCGAGACCUGCCUCCUUUGAUUGUGGUCAGAGAUCAUCCUGAUAUACAGUCCGUCGUUGAGGACAGACCAAGUCCGACUCACAGGGCACAUGGUUAGAAAAACAAGUCAUCAUUACAAAAAUAGUUAUGCCAGUGUUAAUACUUAUGGCUCACUUUAAAUUAAGAAAUAUAGUAAGGUGAAGUCAAAUUCCAAUCCAUGCAUUUAUUCCAUUCUAUUUCAAAUAUCUUUGGUGUAAAAAUUAAAAAAUUGAAAUAAUUUCACUUAUUAUUUAAAGCAAUUAACCUAAUUAACUUUUAAUUAACCCAAAUAUUUCCCACCCCUCCAACUGCAGCUCCUGUGCUAUACAGUACUAUUUCUAAAUACUUUUUGAGUGGUGUUUAUUUCUAUUUUAAAAGCUGUGUCAAGCACUUUUGAAUGACAUUUGUCAA